GAUAAACGUACAGACAGGAAGGACUGACCCAAGAGCGUUAGAGAGAGAGAGAGCCAGAGAGAGAGAGAGAGAGAACAAGAGAGCAAGAGAGAGAGGGACUAUCCAGCACUCAGUCAUUACGCUUCCAGGGAUAGCAGAGAGAGAGACUACAGAGCCAUACUACUACAAUAUCUGUGUCCUAUAAUUUUGGAACUUUUUCACUUUAAUUUGUUAACUUUUUUUCACAACCUUAUGUUUUUGAUCUAACAAUAUAUUGUUCAUUUUCAUUCUGAAGCAGAGGACUUGGCUGUUACUUCUUCUUGUGUUCUCUGGGAUAUUUUUAAUGGUACUCUGCCCUCUGGUCUCCAGUGAUCAGCACACUGUGGACCAGGGACCUCUCUGCCCCUGACAAGGCAUCGUGGAGAGGCUGCUUGGCUGCUUGUCGUCAGGGCCGGGUUGCUGCUGCUUCUUCUUUGCAGGGAAUGCAAAGGGACGCUCCUGAAAGGCCUACGGAGGGGACUCAAGGUGAAGGAAGGGAAGGGAAGGAAGGAGCUGUGGCCCCACAGAACUGAGAGAACUGCCCCCCCUCCCCAACCAUCCCACUGCAGCAUGGAUCUCCCCCCAUUCAGAGGUCUUUCUGAUGUGCCGUGAGAGGUGUAAGCCCCCCGCCCCAGUCUCGACCCCCUCCCUGGUGCUCCUUCUCCCAGGACCAGGAUGGACCCUCUCCCGGGUCAUGGCCCUCCACCAGUCAGGAUGGACGUUGAUGGGCUGGACCUCCAGCAGGUGCCUGUCCUCUCCCUGGACCAGAUCCGCUCCAUCCGCGCCAACAACGACUACGUGGAGCGCCCCGUGACCCUGGACCAUGCCUCCCAGUCCGGCUUCUUCUACGCCCACGAUGACCGCUACCCCAUCACCCACGGAUACCCUCCUCAAGGUUACUCUCAUGGUUACCCUCAGGGAUACCCUCUCCCCCGGAGCCAGAGCCAGCAGCAACACGCCCACCUUGCCCAUCUGAGUCGCUCCAGUACUACCAGUUCAGCCAUGUCCCGGAUCAGCGCUGCCUCCGACCAGAGACUCCUGGUGGGCUUGACGCCCUCCCACUCUGGCCUGGCCUCGGUGGUGCGCUCCCAGCCUAAAGGAGAACUCAAGCCUGAGGCUUCUCUGGGUAAAGGCCUGGUGGAGGGAGAGGACCUGGGCUUGCACCUGUUUAUCUGUGAGCUCUGUGGGAGGUGUAAGUGUCAGGAGUGCUGCGCUCCGCGAAGCCUGCCGUCCUGCUGGGCCUGUGGGCAGCGCUGCCUUUGCUCUGCUGAGAGUGCUGUGGAGUAUGGCACCUGUCUGUGCUGCGUUAAGGGCCUGUUCUACCACUGCUCCACUCAGGAUGACGAGGACAACUGUGCUGACCGGCCCUGCGCCUGCACAUCCGCCCACGCCUGCAGCCGCUGGGGCACCAUGGGCCUUCUGGCGCUGUGCCUGCCCUGUCUCUGCUGCUACCCACCUGCCAGGCUGUGCCUCGCCCUGUGCCAGCGGGCCCACGACCGAGCCACCCGCCCCGGCUGCCGCUGCAGCAACACCAACACUGUGUGCCGUAAGAUCUCCACCUCCAACCCCAACCCUGGGCACACCCCCUUCUGCAGCAAGUCCCUGGAAAAACCUGUAUGACAGGGCUGCAGCGGGAGUCAGCCAUCGCCUAGACAACGCAGUCUCAGUGACAACAUUACCAUGACAACAAACACUGUUGCCAUGACAACGCCAUCACCCCCUCCUACCGUGACCUUUCACCUUACGUACCUUCCAUACUUCUCCUCCUGCCUGAGGAGAAAUGACCAAAAGCUUUACUGUACUUCACUGUAACUGUACAUGUGGAGACUUGAGCCGAAACCUGAAAACCGCCUGGUGCUUUUUGCUGAACUGACUGCCAAUCUUAACCUUACUGUGUUACUGUGUGGGCACACUGCCUCUACCUUCCUCUUACUUUGUGGGCCAGUAUAGCGUACAUACUGUGGCUCUGCUCGGUGGGAUGGACUGGGGUUCCUCACUGUGCUGUGUGAUGGACUGGGGUUCCUCACUGUGCUGUGUGAUGGACUGGGGUUCCUCACUGUGCUGUGUGAUGGACUGGGGUUCCUCACUGUGCUAUGUGAUGGACUGGGGUUCCUCACUGUGCUAUGUGAUGGACUGGGGUUCCUCACUGUGCUGUGUGAUGACUGGGGUUCCUCACUGUGCUAUGUGAUGGACUGGGGUUCCUCACUGUGCUGUGUGAUGGACUGGGGUUCCUCACUGUGCUGUGUGAUGGACUGGGGUUCCUCACUGUGCUGUGUGAUGGACUGGGGUUCCUCACUGUGCUGUGUGAUGGACUGGGGUUCCUCACUGUGCUAUGUGAUGGACUGGGGUUCCUCACUUGCUAUGUGAUGGACUG